AUGAAUCGUUUUAGUGAUAUUGAUUGCUCAUUUAAAAAAUUAAUACCUAUUUAUGGUUAUCGUAGUGAAAAACUUGUUACAAUUGAAGAAGCAUUAGAAUCAAUUCAAUCUCAGAUUGAUGAAUUACCAUAUUAUAUUAAAAUAGCAAAAAAACAUUGUCAUUAUCCAUCAGAACAUGGUUUAACACAUGAUGAAUCAGCAUCAAUUUAUAUUUAUACAAUGGAAUGGGGUGAACAAACUUUAUAUCGUGUUUUAAAUCAAACCUUAAGAAAUGAAAAUAGACAUUUAUUAAAAGUAUGGUUUCCUUAUUUGAAAUUAUUUGAUACAGCACUAAACAAAUUACCAACCGUAAAAGAAAUUGUAUGGCGUGGUGUUGCUGAAGAUAUUGGGAAAAAUUUUGCUAAAAAUCAAAUAAUAACAUGGUGGAGUAUUAAUUCAUGUUCAUCAUCUGUUAAUAUUAUCAAAGAAUUUCUUGGAAAUGAGAAAAACUCUACGAUGUUUUUAAUUGAAGCAGUGAAUGGUAAACAAAUAUCUGGUUAUACAGAAUAUGAAAGUGAAGAUGAAAUCAUUUUAAGAAUGGGAACAGAAUUUCGUGUGAAAAGUAAUGCAUUAGAUCAUCCAAAUGGAUUAUAUGUUGUUCAUUUAAUUGAAAUUGAUGAGGAAAAUAAUAAUCAUACAUCAACAUUAGCAUCAUCAAGGAAUCAAAUCAGUUCAAAGUCAAAACACAACAAAUACAAACAAAAUGCCAUUACUGUAGCUGGUGGAAGUAAAGAAGGAGACAAUUUCGAUCGACUCAAUUCCCCUCAAGGAAUCUUUAUUGAUGAAAAGAAAAAUAUUUUCAUUGCUGAUUGUUAUAAUCAUCGUAUUCUUGAAUGGAAAUGCAAUGCAAAAGAAGGAAUACUCAUUGCAGGUGGAAAUGGCAAAGGAAAUCGAAUAAAUCAAUUGAAUCAUCCAACAGAUAUGAUUGUUGAUGAACAAAAUCAUUCGAUCAUCAUUGCUGAUUCUGAGAACAGACGAGUGAUUCAAUGGUUCAAUCAAAAUCAACAAAUUCUCAUUAAGAAUAUCAACUGUCGUGGCUUGGCAAUGGAUAGAAAUGGAUUUUUGUAUGUUUCUGAUUAUAAGAAGAAUGAAGUAAGACGAUGGAAAAUGGGAGAAUAUAACAAUGAAGGAGUUGUAGUGGCUGGUGGAAAUGGAAAAGGAGAACAACUCAAUCACCUUAAUUUUCCUACUUUUAUCUUUGUUGAUGAAGAUCAAUCUGUUUAUGUAUCUGAUUGCAACAAUCAUCGCGUGAUGAAAUGGAGAAAAGAUGCAAAAGAAGGAACAAUUGUGGCUGGAGGAAAUGGUUAUGGAGGAAAUCUCGAUCAAUUAUCUUAUCCUCGAGGAGUAACUGUUGAUGAUUUGGGUCAAAUCUAUGUGGCAGAUUUGGGGAAUGAUCGAGUAAUGCGUUGGUGUGAAGGAAAAGAAGAAGGGGAAAUUGUUGUUGGUCGAAAUGGUCAAGGAAACCAACUGGAUCAUCCCUGUGGUUUAUCUUUUGAUGAUGAAGGAAAUCUAUAUGUUGCUAAUUUUCGGAAUCAUCGUAUUCAAAAAUUUGAAAUGAUAUUAUGA